UGGGUUUCAAACAAUGAUCAUUUCUCAAUUCACCGCGCAGAGUCUCACCCGAGUCAAAUCUCUUAAUUUAUGCAAGCAGAUGUCUUGUGGAUGCUGUUAAUGCAUUCACUCAAGUUUAUGUAUUGGCAGUGUUGAGUCAUCCGAAGCCUAAUAUUGGCAUGACUAAAUCCAGCCAACAAAGUGAUUGAAACAGAUUUCUGUUGUCUUCGUCAACGAAACGACUGAAGCACGUCAGGUUGCUGAAGAGAAUGAAAAGAGGACGAAUUUGUUGAAGAGUUUGCAACUUAUAUUAAAGGUACAAAGGUAGACAAAAAAGUGUUUACGGAUCUAAAUGGUACCCAAAAUUCGCACAUUUAACUGCGAUGGUUCCAAUGCAAAAGUCAAGGUUGCACUACGUAUGAUCGUCUUGAGUAAAUUCAAGAAUCGAGUCGAAAACAAUUUGUUAGAAUCAAUGAGCAGUGCUUUUGAGACGUUGUAUAAGCAAGAUAUAAGUGACAAUCAGCUGAGUCCAUAUGCUGGAAAUGCUCAGAACUUUGAAUUACAAAGCCUAAAAAAUAAUCAUCUUCAUAUCUUUCUACUUCGAAUAUUUUUGUUUUAUGAAAUGCCUAACUAAUUAAAGAAAUUGAUUCUUGAAUUUUUGCAAGAACUUAAGAAAUAUCGAUAAAAGUCGUAUGCACACAAAAAAUAAAUUUCUCAGCAAAUCAGAAAUAAAGGCUAUAACGUCUGAGUGACUUUU